AUGUAUCGUAUCCAACAAGUUGCCAAUAUGUCCAUGCUUGCUAAUAUAGUGAUGUUUAUAUCCAGGGAAAAUUUCACACAUUUCAAAGACAUCAUACUUGUAGGACGUCAGAUACCACGAGGGACUCCUCCUGCAUGGUAUGGCAAAUGUGUGAGGUAUUGCAAACCCAGAAAUAAGCCCCCGAACGUAAAGGGGUACCAGGUGGGGUGCAUUUCUGAUGAUAAUUGCACGUAUUGCAAGUACUACCCCUGUCCGGAAUUUUCUGUUUGUGGAAACGGGGAGGUACCAGAGCCUUCUUACAACCGAGUUUGUAUGGCAUGUCCAGGCGAAUGUUUAUACAUGGGAGAAACGUACGCGCUUGGAGAAACGGGAAUUGUGUCCAUGGAUACUGUCAACGAGUGUGUGUGUCGCGGAUUCAUUCCUCAAAUUGUGUGUCAGAAAAAAAUACCACAGCCACCGCCAGAUAUUUUCUGUGAAUACUGA